AUGGAAAUGAAUGGAGGGACAAUAAAAGACGAAAGUUUAUACAGUCUUCUCGCAUUUAACAGUUCUUCAUUUGGAAUAGAAAGCAAUAACCGUAAUGUGAAGUCACUACUAAAUAUUGCUCAACUGCAUGAAGAUGAACAGAACAAAUUUCGAAGCGAAAAAUCAGCGAUUAUAACAGAUAACAUUUCACUCCACUUGAGUAACUUUUCAUUAGGAAAGAACAAACUACAAAUUAGUAAGCCUGGGAACCCAUCAAGCAGAUCAAGGACCAAGGAAAAUACUAGUCUAUCGACAUAUAAUUUCUCAAAACUUGAAACUCAGAUCAAAUCACCAAAAACUCAAAAUCGGGCUGCAGCAUGUGGAGGUGUGGAUCUUAAUCAAUUUCCGGUAAAUACAAUACCCAAAAUCUAUGUAAACGAACCACCUUAUCUUCCGAUUUCAUUACAUGAGUCAAUUAGUACUUCGUGUGUAAAGCCAUCAUCAAAUAAAACGAUAAAAACAUGUCUCACUCCGGAAAUGGCAAUAAAGUUGUAUUUUCAUAAACUUAGCGCGUACGAACACCAUGAAAUAUUGAACUAUCCUCAUGUAUACUUUGUAGGACAUAAUGCAAAGAAAAGAAACGGAAUUUUAGGGACAGGAAAUAAUUGUGGUUAUGACGAUGAUCAGGGAUCCUACAUACAUACCGCACACGAUCAUGUUGCCUAUCGUUAUGAGAUUUUAAAAAUACUCGGGAAAGGUAGUUUUGGACAGGUUGUCAAAGCUUACGAUCAUAAAGAUGGUGUUUAUGUCGCGCUAAAAAUGGUGAGAAAUGAAAAGCGUUUUGCAAAUCAAGCAACUGAAGAAAUCCGAAUUCUCGAACAACUGAAGAAACAGGAUGUAGACAAUACACGUAAUGUCGUGCAUAUUUCCGAACACUUUACUUUUCGUGGUCAUGUUUGUAUAACAUUUGAACUGCUAAGCAUAAAUCUAUAUGAACUUAUCAAACGAAGUAAAUUUCAAGGGUUUCCUCUUCAGUUAGUCAGAAAAUUCGCUCAUUCAAUUUUAGUGUGUCUGGAUAUGUUGCAUAGAAAUAAAAUCAUUCAUUGUGAUCUAAAACCAGAAAACAUCUUGCUUAAACAACAGGGUAGGAGUGGGAUUAAAGUAAUUGAUUUCGGUUCAAGCUGUUAUGAAAGUCAACGUCUAUACACUUAUAUACAAUCAAGAUUUUACAGAGCUCCGGAAGUGAUUCUCGGGUGCAAGUAUGGUCUACCGAUUGACAUGUGGAGUUUUGGAUGUAUAUUAGCGGAGUUACUUACAGGUGCUCCUAUAUUUCCAGGGGAAGAUGAAGGAGACCAACUUGCUUGUAUAAUAGAAUUGCUUGGGAUGCCGCCCCAAAAACUACUGGAUCAAUGCAGAAGAGUGAGAAAUUUUUUCUCAGCGACUUAUGGAUACCCAAGAUACUGCAUGACUAUGGAUGCAAAUGGCUGUGUCGUACUUCGCAGUAGUAAUACCAAAAGGGGUAAAAUUAGAGGUACUCCUGGAAGUCGGUCAAUAGUCACAGCCCUUAAAGGUUGUGAAGAUACAGUUUUCCUUGAUUUUAUUAAAAAGUGUUUACAAUGGACACCAGAGGAGCGCAUGACUCCACGAGAGGCUUUUAAACAUGAAUGGCUUCGCAGGAAACUGCCGAAAUCCCCUGGAUUCAGGAACAUGUCUUCAAGUGUAUCAAACCCCAACACAAUGAACAGAGUCACUCAUACUAUACAAUUACCACCUAAUAUUUCUACAACUACUAAUACUGGAUCCAAUACAACCACAAUUACAGUUAACACAUCUGCAAGUUUAAAAUCCUUUGGGAAAGUUCAAAGUAGUGUUACAAAGCCCGAACGUGUUAGUAAGUUAAAUGGUGAAGUGUGUGUACAUCAAGUGGAAAAUAGUUCUGUUCAUGCAGCUGUUUAUAAUUCAUGUGAUUCUACGAAUGCCCCUUGCUCUAUCACAAGCACGACUUUAGCUAGAAGUGAACCGAGAUCUAUUACAUCAGUUAAUAAAUCUGCAAGUCAAAUGUACACUAACUGUGAAAUUAACCCAGAAAAUAAAACAUCAAUGACGGUUACGACUGAAUCAUUUCAAGAUGUAGGUGAAAGAAGACUUAUGAGAGAGAACACAUUACGUACCGAUAACAUAAGACAAUCUGAACAUAAAGAACGAUAG